GUUGGGUUUUCAACUUUAUUGUUUAUAUGUCUAAUUGCACAUUUUAAUGUCCUAGAUUUUUAUGUAGGCUCCAUCUGUUGGUAUGAUCCAUUUCACUGGUGUUCUUCCUUCUGACAGUGCAACCGUUCUGUGUGGCUGGAAUCCAGGAUUUUAAAAUGCAUAAUCCUUCUUUGCGUUGGUGGGGUCUCUGGCGUAGAGCUGACCUGGCUGGAUUUGGCUUUUUCCCUGGUGUUUCUACAGGAGACUAGCUCGUGCUCGUUAGUGGCUGGCAAAACAGGCAUUAUCUGAGCAAUGAGAACAUGGACUAUAAUACUGACUCACAUGUGAGUCAAACGUUAAGACGGCUCUGGUACCGAUUGUAGGGCUACCGGUACUACCUUGCUGUCACAGCUCUUUGUGUCUGAGUAUCUGCAGCCCCCUGCAUGCCUAACUGUUAUGGAAAAGCAGUUAAAACAUUUCAAACUAAAGGAAUUAACUUUAGGGUUUUUUUUUUACUCCUACUUCCCAUUAUGUCUUCCCCUUAUGAAGGGUUUGUCUCCGUGGCAUGAUGCUAAAGGUGUGAUGUUAUAGCUCAAAAGUUACAGCCCGGAGGAGACUGAACGUUGAAAUCUCUCCUUUUCAGUGUGAUUAAAUAUUCUGUUGUUUUUAAACAGUAGGCCGAAAACUGCCUGGCUAUCAGUCUGUUCACGGAGAAAAACUGCUGGAACCACAGUGGCUCCUCAGUCUGAGGAUACGGCUCCGUGUGAACCAAGAACGGGAAGAUGAAGCCAGAAAAAUUCAGACGAGGGAGGGGGCAGGGAUGUUUGGUGAGGAAGAUGAUUAGCCGCUGAAUCAAAUGGCUGAAGAACUGGUGGAUUCUCCAGCUCUUGAGUGUCUUCAAAGCAAAACUCGACGACUUCCUAGAAAAUAUGCUCUGAGGGAAUAAAGGCUGCAGGACGUCCAUGUCUGUCCCCAACUCAGCCCAGGGCCUGCAGAGCCAGGGACAGGAAAUGGCCGUGGCAGGGCCGGUGACCUUCGAGGAGGUGGCUGUGUAUUUCUCUGAGGAGGAAUGGGAUCUGCUGGACCCGGGCCAGAGAGCCCUCUACUGGGACGUGAUGCAGGAGAAUUACGAGGCUGUGAGCUGGCUGGCUAUGGCUGGCCAUGCACCAUCAGCAACCAAAGGGCAGAAAAGAAAACGUGUGGUGCUGACGAUCACCCAGAAACUGGACCUCAUCAGGCGCCUGGAAAGAGGAGAGAAGAGGAGCCAGUUGAUGCAGGAGUUUGGUGUCGGUUCAUCGACCAUCUACGAUAUUAAGGCGCGGAAGGCAGAUCUCCUGAAAUUCGUGUCGGUUGCCGAGACGAGCCAAGCCUUGGAGCAACGCCGGACUUUGCACAAACCCAAACUGGAGCAAUUAGACAGCAUGCUGUAUGAAUGGUUAACCUUGAAGCGUUCCGAGGGAGCGUCGAUUUCCGGCCCAAUGUUGAUUGAAAAGGCCAAGGACUUGUAUCAGCAGCUUGCAAUGACCGAGCCCUGCGUUUUUUCUGAUGGUUGGCUGGCACGCUUUAAGAUGCGGCAUGGUAUCAGGAGACUUGAUAUCUCUGGAGAAAAACAGCCUGCUGAUCCUGAGGCCGCAAAGAAAUAUUGUGUGUUCUUUAAAAAGCUGAUUGGGCAGCAUGGUAUAACCCCAGAGAACCUCUACAAUGCUGCCAAAACGGGCCUCUUUUGGCGUUGCCUGCCAUCUUCAGCCCUCGCUGGUGCAGGUGAAGUUGGUGCACCUGUAUUCAAGAGGAACAAGGACUGCGUCACCCUGCUGACAUGUGCAAAUGCUACUGGCACACACAAAAUCAAGUUGCUAAUGGUUUCAAAAUUCAAGCAACCAGGAACAUUCAAGGGUAUUGUUCAUCAGCUGGUGGAGUACAAGACACAGCCUAAUGCAUGGGUGGACAAGGACAUAUUUCUGUACUGGUUCCACCAUAUCUUUGCUCCUGCAGUGAAAGACCACCUGAAGGAACGUGGACUGGCAGAAGACACAAAGGUUAUUCUGGUUUUAGAUGACUCUCAAGCUCGCCCUUCUGAAGCAGAGCUUGUGUCUGGCAAUAUUUUCACCAUCUUCCUGCCUGCAAAUGUCACCUCACUCAUUCAGCCCAUGGAUCAGGGAAUUACGCAAAACCUAAAAGCCCUCUACAGAAGGGAAUUUACGAGGGAGCUGCUCAACUUUGAAGGGGCGGUCCAAGAGUUUCAGUCCCGGUACAGCAUCAAGGAUGCAGUCUUCAACGCGGCUCGUGCCUGGUCUGUUGUCAAGCCCACAACUUUAAAGCGAGCGUGGAGAAAAUUGUGGGCAGAAGGGAUAUUUGCAGAGGGGUCCUCUGAGGAAGAAGAAUUUCAAAGCUUUAACAGAAGACCAACAAGUAGAGCGCAUCCGGAGAUAGUUGGUGUCCUUCAAAAUGGUGACCCCGCACACCUGAUCGCUAAACUGAAGGAUGAUGAAUUUGAAAAGUGGGUCAAAGUCUAUCAAGGCCUAGAUGAUGCAAAAUCCCUGACGGACUCUGAAAUGAUGGAAAUGGUUGUCUAUCCGGAGAGAAAUACCUGUCCUGCAGGUGACCUCGAUUCAGAGGCAGAGGAGCAUAGUGAAGAAACUAAAGUCUCUUGGGCAAUGGCCGCCCAGUGUCUGGAAACGUUGGUGAAGUUUGCUGAGCAGCAACCUUCUUAUUCUGCUUCGGAAGUCACCCAGCUGCACGUUAUCCACAAUAACUUCCUCAAGAAAAGGCAACUGACUUGCAGGCGGGCUGACAUCAGCAAGGUGUUUCAAAAAGCUGCCACUGCGUGUGCCACUGGUCUAGCACCAUGGACAGCAGCCGUUGUCAAUCUUGAGGAGCAGUAAAGCACAGGACUGGGUGCAGUGAGUGUCUUGAAAGGCGUAGCGUGAAGUCAGGUUAUUUCAUUUCUUAAACAUUUUUUGUUUGGUGGAAAAGCUCAAGUAACCAGUGUGAUGUUGCUGGAUUUUUAUACGAACAGGCAGACCAUAAUUGCCCCCACUGUGGAAAGUUUGCCCCACAUUUUGUACAAAAGGGGGCUGAGUCAGGUGUCUGUUGAAAUACUUUUCUGAUUCUCUUUCUCUACAUAGAUAUAGAAAUUUUAGAGU